UCUCUCAGACGCUACCGAACGCCGGUACGGUGCGUAUGUGUGGUUUAAUCAUCAUCUUAUAUUUUUAGUGUCUUCUUUACGUAUAAGAUCGUAGACAUUUAAAUUUUUUAUAGUUCACCUCGAAUACCGAAAAAUUUUUGGAACAUUUAUUUCCAGUGAUGAGGAAUAUCGUUUUCAUUCUUCUAGAUUAGGACCAUCAGUAAUGGCUUCUAAUUCUGAUUUUUGAUAAGAUUAGAAUAAUUAAUUAAAUCCGCAUAGAUUUUAAGACAACAGUAGCACUCAUUUUUAUCUUUGCGGCGAUAUGGUGCUGAUGAAGAGUGCCAUCGUGGCAAUUUUGCUGCUACAAUUAUUAUUUCUCAAUAUUCGGAUCGUAAAUAGUAUUGAGGAUAACGAAAUUGACAUAGAUGAGCCAACGUUAAAUGAUGGACUAAAGUCGAAUCAACAUGCUAGCGAAAAUCAAACGAGUUUUUUUAGAAGAAUGCAACGUGGUUUAACUGAUUGGUUUUCAUGGGGAGCAACGACUGCAGAUGAUUCAGCAUCAACUGAACCACCAAAAAGUGCCACAGUUUCUCAUCACCGAGAGCUAAGAAAUAGCGAAGAGGAAAAUGAUGAAAACAAUGAUGUACUCGAUAAAGAAGAGAAAAAUAAUGACGAAAUUAAUCUUGGUAAAAUAGCUGCGGGAAAAUUGGGUUCCCGAUUGGUUGGUAACACUGAUGAUGAAGAUCUUGUUGGAUCUGGCGAAGCUGAGGGCAGUGCUACCGAUGAAACCAAACCUGACCCUACUCAUGAAACUGAAAGUCGACAAGCUCGUUUCCAUCGAGCUACUUUAACGGUAAACGAACCGUACAGAACAGAAUAUGCUGAUACUAACAGUCAGGAUUAUAUUACUUUAAGCGGAAACCUGACGCAAUCGUUGAAAGAACUGUUGUCUUUGCGGAUUCCAAAUUUCGAUCAUGUAGCUAAUGUAGUACAAAUAUCACCAACGGAAGAUAGUUUCAAUUCCAAAGUCACCGUUGACAUCGGUUCUACAUAUCCUCAUGAAAACGAAAUACGGCAGAUUUUAGAAGACCAAUUACAUUUCCACGCAUUAGGAAAUAUUCAAAUUGAACCGACAGGAUUUACGUUUAGAAGUAUUCAAGACACUACACCAGAAUGCGUCGAGCCGACCAGCUUGAAAUGCCGAGACGGUUCUUGUAUACAAUUGAAUUAUCGUUGUGAUGGUAUAGCGCAAUGUCCUGAUCAGUCCGAUGAGUUGGAUUGUCCAUCAAGCUCUGGGUUUCCCACAAAUGAAACUCGAAAUGGUUUCACUAAUAAUUGCCGUGGCGAUGACACAGUAAGAUGCAGUGAUGGCAGUCGAGAUAUUUGUUCCGUUCAACUAUGCGAUGGAGUUCCUGAUUGCGAUGAUCAAGGCGAUGAGAAUAAUUGUGGUGGUCCUAGUUGCAGUGAAAAUGAAUUCAGUUGUGACGUUUCUCGUUGUAUUUUGGAUAAAGAUCGUUGUAAUUUUAUCCAAGAUUGUGAAGAUGGUAGUGAUGAACGAGGCUGCAAGUAUCCAGCAUGUACUCAAAACGAAUUCAGAUGUAGAAACGGCCAGUGUAUUAACAGUCGAUAUCGUUGUAAUGGAGCCACUGAAUGCUAUGACAAGUCUGAUGAAUUGAAUUGCCCGUGCAAAGAAGAUCAAUUUGAAUGUGCAGCGCUCUAUUGUAUUCCGAAAGAGCAACGUUGUGAUGGUGUAAAUCACUGCUCCAAUGGUCGCGAUGAACUCAACUGCGACACUCACACUCCUUCGUACUGUCUUUCUGGUCAGUUUAGAUGUAACGACGGUCACUGUAUCGAUGGAUCUCUUCAUUGUGAUGGUCGAAGUGACUGUUCAGAUCGAUCUGAUGAAAGAAAUUGCCCUGUAACAACGUGUAACAGUGAUCAAUUCCGAUGUGCAGAUGGCACCUGUGUGAGUAUCGAUAAACGGUGUAAUAACAUCAAUGAUUGCAGAAAUGGGGAAGAUGAAAGUCAGUGUGGUUGUGGAGCUACGGACUUUCAUUGCAAAGAUGGUCAAUGUAUUGCCUACCAACUGCAGUGCGACGGAUCGAACGAUUGUCGCGAUGGAUCUGAUGAACACGAUCAAUGUGCUGAAUACGAAUGGCGUAAUUACUACAACACAAAAAAAUACAUUGAAUUAGAAAGAAAAAAAUUAUCAUCUAAAAAAUUGAGUCAAAAUAAAAGACAACAUCUAUCGAGUAACUCGGUAAAAUCAAUGAAAAAAAAUAAUUCAUACACAGAAUUUCCACACUCUGGAAAAGAUAUUACCGAUCCAAUUUUAGAAUCUUUUCCGAGUAUACUUUCAAUUUUGACGAAUAAUGUAACGAGUUUCAACGAUACUGAUUCGCCUAAGCUGCAAUGGGAACUGAUUAAUACAACCGAUAGUAAGCACUUAUCAUCUGAUCAACAAAAAAUCAUGCCGUUAUCUCAGAGUUAUGAAUUACAUUAUCCGCCUCAAGCAUCUCAAAUUAAUGCAGCUAUUAAAAAAAUAAUGGAAGUACUUUCACAGCUAGAUAAAAAACAAAUUGAACGAACUUUAAAUUCUUUACAUAAGCCAGAAACUAAGUUGCAUAAAAUGACAGAAAAGAAACACUUAUCUUCUCAAAUUAUAGAUCAGAAUAACUUGAACGAUGAUUUAAUAAGAAGAGUCAUAGCUGAUAGUAUUAUAAGUAAAGUAUUGAAGCAUAAAAAUAAAACAAGUGCGGUUUAUAAGUAUUUAAUAAAGUUAUUGAAAUCACAGGAUAACUCAAUUGCAAAUUUAAUCGAAUCUGAUACUAUAUUUCCAGUGGCUAAUAUUACGUCCGUUUCUUCAGCUAAAAAAAGUUUCGACUAUAAUAAUUCAAUGAAUUUUUAUAAGUGGUUGAAUCGAACGAAGGUGAUGCAAAAUCAUUGGUUUAAAUUUCGGAACAACUAUAUUAACUAUAAAUAUAAAAAAAAUCGAACUAAUGCACAAGCUCGCAGAAAUAAUGACAUAUCAGUCAAAAAACAGAAUUUUCCGAGGUACAUUAUCUCUGUAAAUAGACCAGCGGAUCUGAAAAUAAACAAUACAUCAACAUUGAAAAACGUUACAUUUAACGUAGAACCUUUUAAUGAAUCUGCAUUAUUAACCAAAAAUGACAGGCUGGACUAUUCGAAGGCUAAUAAUAAUUCUAUAAUACCUGAAACAAAAAUACAAGUGAUGAAUAAGCGACCUAAAAUAAAUAACUUAAUAUCUGAUGUAGAAUUGUCCAAAAAUUUUAAUUUAAAAAAAAGAAGUUCCGGUUUUGGAAUAUCAGACGGGAAUAAACUUACAUUAAAAAAAAGAAAAUUUUGUCUAAAUAGACGUAAACUAUAUAGAAAUUCUUCAAUAUCUUGUUAUUCUAGAAAAAACUAUUUCGGUAAUAAAAAUAACGUUAGUAAUUAUUUUAAAAAAUGGAACGUUAAAAAGUCAACUGAUAGUUACGUGAAUAAUAAAGUUAAAAGUAGAAAAACUAAUGAUGAAUCCAAUAUUACUUUAAAUCGACGUAAGAGAUCAAUCGAUGACAACUUACUGAAGUUAAAAGAGGAAUUUCAAGGAAUUUAUGAAAAAAAUAUGGAAAACCGAAAGGUAAUGAAAGUUAAAAAUGCUACUAAUCAAGAAUCGAAUGGAUUAAAAAUAAAUGAACCCAAAGAUAAGGAACGUCAUUUAUUCAAAAAUAAUACUGAAACUGUCGUAAAAUAUAGUUUUGGUAGUAAUACUUCAUCACUACAAGAUUCAGAAAGAAUUAAUGUAGCAAAUUAUGAGAAAACGUAUAUUGAUUCAAAUUCAUCAGAAUGCGACAGUGAAUGUAUGAAUUAUCGAAAAAAAUUGAAUAUUAAUUCCGGGAAUAGCACUACAUUAAGUGAGUUAGCGGGAAGAAGCGUCGAUUCGGAAUUAAUAAAUAUUAAGGAAUAUAAUCAAUCAACUUUAAAUAAAUUUAAACUGUUAACAUUCCCCAUUGAAUCGCAAAAAGAAGUAAUUAUAACAAAAGCUAAAAAUAGAAAUAAAAAUUCUAAAAAGAAAAAACUCAAAGGAAAAAAGGAUAAAAAUAGAAAAGAUCAGUAUGCAAAUGGAAAAAGUAAGAGAAAGACUACUCCUUCAUCUUUUAUUAUUAGCACUGAUUCAACUUUAUCAAUUAUUGAAAGUGUUACUACAUCAUCUUUAGCUGAAAAGUUUUCAAAUUUUUCUGAUGUUAAUAAUACUAAAAAUGUAACUAACGAUUCAUUACCCACAUAUUCAAUAUUUAAUACAGUAUGCUCAUGGUGGUUUGUCAACUGGUUAUGGGGUUGCUCUCUUCCCGAUUUUAUCCCGACUAUUUCAGAAGAAAGUACAGAAAAGCUUAUUGCACCUGAGUUUGAUGUAAUAAAGUUAAAGGACACUUAUAAUUCAUCGCUUGAUCAAGAAAAUACAUCGCUAGUUAUUUUUGAUGUUGAUAAUAUAACAAGUAAGGAUAAUCAGAAUUCUUUAGCAACUCUAAUCGAGCCGAAUAUUGACUUAAAGUUGACACCGAUGACAAAAAAAGAAAAAAUGAAUGGUGAUAAUUUUAACAAUACAAGUAUAAUUACCAUAAGAGACCCAGAAUUUGAAGAUUAUUGUGGUGAGAGCCAAUAUUUUUGUGAUGGAAAAAAGUGCAUUGACGAAAAGAAAAUUUGUGAUGGAAAAUUAGAUUGUUUAGAUGGCUCUGAUGAAUAUGAUUGUGAAUAUUACAAUGACUUGAGGAAUGAUAUCAUGUUAAAAGUAGAGAAGCUUGCAUCAUUUAAAAAUUCAGUUGAGAAAGUACUUCCAUAUCCUCUCAUAAAAAUCAACAAUAAUGAAACAAAAACAUUAUCGUGCGAUAAAACGACUCAAUUUACUUGCCGUGACAAAAAAUGCAUCUCUAUAAGUUUAUUCUGCGAUGGUACCAGCGAUUGUAAUGACGGAUCAGAUGAAGACUCAGAGAUGUGCAACUUUUAUGAUUAUGAGAAUUAUGAAGGUUUGGCGCCUUGCCCUCCUAUGGACUUCACUUGCGGGGAUGGCUCUUGUAUUCCACAGAGCUCAGUCUGCGACGGGUUCGACGAUUGUCCGCGAGCAGAGGAUGAGCUUAAUUGCGACCGAGGUUGUACACCAACCCAAUUCAAAUGUGCUACCGGUGGUAAAUGCAUCGAAGACAUCUAUAGGUGUGACGGGCAUCCAGAUUGUCCUGAUAAAAGUGAUGAAAACUGUGGAGUCAACAAUACUUCAAACAGUACGAUUACUCACAUCACCUAUCCACAUCACCCACUCACUUCACAUACCAAUUUACCAGUGGACGGACGAGUCACAGAAAGACCAGUAGAAUGUGACACAGCAAGAACAGAGAUGCGUUGCGGAGAUGGGAAAUGCAUUUCUCUUCGUCGCAAGUGCGAUGGUAUUCCCGAUUGUUUAGACAACAGCGACGAACGUGACUGUGGAAAAUGCGCUAUCAACGAAUGGAGAUGUAUAAGUGGUGAGUGUUUACGAGAAAAUUUGAGAUGUGAUGGUCGGGCUCACUGUCGCGAUGGAUCUGACGAAGCAAAUUGCGUUAACAAAUGUCCAACUGGAAUGUUUCGAUGCAAUGAUGGAAUAUGCCUCGACCAAAGACGACGUUGCGAUGGUCGUCCUCACUGCCAUGAUGGAUCUGAUGAAAUAAAUUGCAAAAAUACUUCUUGCCCUGAAGGCCAAUUACCAUGUGCCAAUGGUAUCUGUAUUUCCAAGCAAUUUUUCUGUGAUCGCCACGUUGACUGUCACGAUGGAAGCGAUGAAACCAAUUGCUCUGAAACUUCACCGCGUCCACCUGUAAAAGAAUGCAACAAUAAUGAAUACACUUGUCGAGAUCGUUCAUGCAUACCGUUGUCAGCAAUAUGUAAUGGUCGCCCAGAUUGUCCAUACAAUGAAGAUGAACAGGAUUGUCACAGAUGCGCUAAAGGUCAAUUUAAAUGCAAUAAUGGUGAUUGUAUUUCCGGAGACCAGAAAUGCAAUGGAGUGAUUGAUUGUGAUGACGGUUCAGACGAGGAUGAAUGUGAAUCAUCUACUUCGCCAUCUGAGCAUCAUAAUCAUCAUCCUCAUUAUUGUCAAGCAGGACAAUUUACAUGUUUAUCAGACAGAACAUGUGUUCAUAAUUCAGCUCGUUGUAAUGGUAUCCCUGAAUGCAAUGAUAGAUCUGAUGAAAGUAAUUGCGAUACUGAAGAAAAAGGAGAACUUAAUUUAAAGACUUAUCCAAGUGACCAAAUUAUUAAAGAAAAUCCGGAAGGGCAAGAUCCGACACGGCAAGGUUAUGAAGUUGUAUUCCACUGUCGAGACGAAGGAUAUCUUCGAGCUGAUGUACGAUGGCUGCGUGGAAAUAAUUUACCGCUGCCACCUGGAUCUCGUGAUAUCAAUGGCCGCUUGGAAAUUCCCAACAUUCAAGUGGAACAUUCUGGUCCUUAUAUUUGCGAAGCCGUUGGAUACCCUCCAUCAGUACCAGGACAGAGAGUCACGGUACACCUAGAGGUCGAGAAAUUUGAGCCGGCAACUGUCCGACCUCCGCAAGUCUGCAAAUACGAUGAAGCAACUUGCAGCAAUGGUGAUUGUAUUUCAAAGAGUUUAGUUUGCGACGGUAAAUUUGAUUGUACUGAUGGUUCUGAUGAAAUGCGAUGCAACCCACAUGGAUGUGAGCCGAACCAAUUCCGUUGUUCAAACAAGCAAUGUGUUAGCAAAAUUUGGCGCUGUGAUGGUGACAAAGAUUGUACUGAUGGAAGUGACGAAGAAAAUUGUGGUACAUCGCCACCUGGAUCACCUUGUCAAUACAAUGAAUUUAAAUGUAGUCAGUAUGAUCAGUGUAUUCCAAAGAGUUAUCAUUGUGAUAUGGAAAGAGAUUGUCAGGAUGGUAGUGAUGAGAUUGGUUGUUCACCAGUAUACAUUACGAAACCGCCUAUUCCAAUGGUUGUUCUUGAACCAGGUGACACUAUGAUUCUUGUAUGUACCGCGAUUGGUGUGCCUAUACCUGAAAUAAAUUGGCGUUUGAAUUGGGGCCAUAUUCCUGAAAAAUGUAACUCUGAAUCAAUCAACGGUACUGGAACACUUACUUGCCCUGACAUUAGUGUAUCUGAUCAGGGAGCGUAUUCAUGUGAAGCUAUCAAUAUCGGAGGAUUUGUAUUCGCGGUCCCAGAUACGAUUCUAGUUGUUGAAAAGACAUCUGCAGUUUGUCGAAAGGGAACUUUUAACUCGGAAGCACGCCACCCAGAUGAAUGUAUUUCUUGUUUCUGCUUUGGAGUAGCUACUGAAUGCCGAAGCGCUAAUUUAUUCACAUAUCACUUUCCACCACCUUUUGAUCGCCAUAAGGUUUUAUCUGUUGACAUAUCAUCAGUCAGUCCAAUAAUCCGUGGUGAAUUAGGUAGCCAGAUGUUAGAAGUACUGCCGAUUGGUCGAGAUGGUGUAGAUAUAUCAAUUCCUUAUUCCAAUGAAUUAAGCUCCUAUGACAUUCCAUACUUUGCUUUACCAGAAGUUUAUCACGGCAGUCAAUUGAAAUCUUACGGUGGAUACCUAAAAUACAAUAUCCGUUACAGUGGUGAUGGAAGAAACAACACCGCUCCAUCGAUUAUUCUUAAAGGAAAUGGUAAUUUAUUAAUUCACAGAAGCCAAUAUCUUGUUCCUAAUCAAGACACAGAAGUAGCUGUGAGAUUUUUCUAUGGCGAGUGGUAUAAGGUAACUGAUGGAUAUGAAAGAUUAGCUACUAGAGAAGAUAUUAUGAUGACUCUUGCCAAUGUAGAAAAUAUACUCAUCAAAGCUAAGUAUGAUGAUUCACCACAAUUGGACAUUUCUAUUACCGAAAUUGUUAUGGACACUGCUGACUCUAGAAAUACUGGAUUGGGAAGUGCUUCUUAUGUUGAAGAAUGCUCGUGUCCAACGGGAUACAGUGGUUAUUCUUGUGAGGAUUGCGCUCCUGGUUAUCGCAGACGUAAGAGUGGACUAUGGCUAGGUGAAUGCACCAGUGAAAAAGACAUGGGAUCUUGUCCUCCUGGUUACUACGGAGAUCCAGUACGAAACAUUCCGUGCUUGCAGUGCCCAUGUCCAUUGACAAAUCCUUCCAAUCAAUUUGCUCGAACAUGCAAACUUGGUUCCAACAAUCGGCCGAUCUGUGACUGCCCUCCUGGAUACACUGGAGAGAGGUGUGAAAGGUGUUCGGUUGGUUAUCAUGGAAAUCCAAUUAUUCCUGGUGACAUGUGCGUACGUGAUCAACAAUGCGAUCCUGACGGAAGUUUUACAACUUCUUUAGACGUUGAUGGAAAAUGUCGAUGCAAGCAAUAUGCAACUGGUUUAACGUGUGAUCAAUGCAAGCCAAAUACAUUUAACUUAGCUUCAAAAAAUCAAUUUGGAUGUAUAAGCUGUUUCUGUAUGGGAAUAACCGAUCGAUGUGUAGCUUCUAAUUGGUUUAGAAAUGAAAUUCAUGUUUCUUUUACUAAUUCUAUUCGAGACUUUUCAUUGAUUGAGUCAUCGAAUCCGAAUGCAUCAGCAAUGGUUUCAGGAAUUCGUCUUGACUCAAAUAAACGAGAAAUAGUCUACGAUGAUUUCCCUAACCGAGGAAAAGGUGACGUUUAUUACUGGCAGCUUCCUAGUAUAUUUUUGGGUGACCAAGUAACAUCAUACGGUGGCAAUCUAAAAUAUGCCGUAAGAUCUGUACCAUCUCCUGGUGGACAAAGUUCGAAAAAUAAUGCGGCUGAUGUCGUAUUAAUAAGUGCCAAUAAUAUUGACUUAUUGUAUUACUCAAAAGAAUCGCUGGAGCCUAACAUCUUGCAAUCAUUCACUGUUCCACUAUUAGAACAGUUUUGGCAGCGAAGAGAUGGUCGUCCUGCUAACAGAGAUCAUUUACUGAUGGCGUUAGCUGAUGUUGAAGCGAUAAGAAUUAAAGCAACUUACACUUCAUACACUGAUGAAGCUGCUUUAUCAGAAGUAUCAUUGGACACAGCUGAAAAACACAACACCGGAAAAGAGCGUGCUGUUGAAGUUGAAGAAUGCAGCUGUCCUGUUGGUUACACCGGACUCUCUUGUGAAGAUUGUGCUGUUGGAUAUACCCGUGCCAGUGAAGGUCUUUACCUUGGUACUUGUGAACCCUGCAAUUGCAACGGACACUCUACUCAUUGUGACCCAGAAACUGGAACUUGUGAAAAUUGUGGUGAUCAUACAACAGGAGAUAACUGUGAAAUUUGUGAACCCGGUUACCAAGGUAAUGCGACACAAGGAACAUCUGAAGACUGUCGACGAUCCGGUGAAACACUACCUACAAGGUGUAAUUGCAAUCCAGCUGGUUCACAAUAUGAUCAAUGUAUUAGCGGACAAUGUACAUGUAAAUCAAAUGUAGAAGGACUUGACUGUAAUCGCUGUAAGCCUUCUACUUUUGGACUGUCAUCAGAAAAUCCAAAUGGAUGUAACGAAUGUUUCUGCAAUGGUGUAAGCAAUCAAUGUCACGAGAGCUCCUUGUAUUUGCAGCAAAUUCCUUCAUGGUUUAUAGAUUCUCAUCAUGGCUUUACUCUCACCGAUGCUUCACGAUCUGAUACCAUUGAUGAUGAAUUUAAUAUUGAUGUUUUAAGUAAUGAAAUUGGUUAUCAUUAUACGCGAGCCAAUCGUAAUCGUAGACUGUUUUGGUCAUUGCCAUCAACCUUUACCGGAAACAAAGUUAAAAGUUAUGGAGGAAAUUUAACUUUAACUCAGAGAUUCAGCGCACAUCAUGAAUCCAAGCCUCUGAAGGAUCAAGAUGUUAUGCUCAUUGGUAAUGGUAUAACACUUUAUUGGGUUAAUUCACGAGAACCAUAUCCUAAUAUAUCUAUGACCUACACUGUGCCACUAAGAGAAACAGAAUGGCGAAGAUUAUCCACCGAAGGCCCUAAAAGUGCUUCAAGAUCUGAUUUAAUGGUUGUAUUGUCAAAUCUGGAAACUAUUCUGGUUAGAGCGUCAUACAGUGAAGGAAUGAUUGAUUCUUUUAUAAGCGAUAUCAGUCUAGACACAGCUGUAGAAAAUCCUACUGGCAAUAGAAGAGCUACUCAAGUAGAAGCUUGCCGAUGUCCUCAAGGAUACAGCGGUACUUCUUGUGAGUCUUGUGCUCGGGGAUAUUAUCGUAAUUCCACUGAUAGAUCAGAUAGUAUUCUUGGAUCUUGUAGAUUAUGUCCAUGCAAUGAUCAUGAAGAAGGUUGUGAAUUAAUUCGCGGAGGACAAGUAAAGUGUCACUGUUUGUCUGGUUUUGAUGGUCAAUAUUGUGAAAGUAUUGCCGAGGAUACAUCAACUGAUCCAUUAUAUCCCUUAGUACAACCACCAAGAAUUAUUGUGUCAGUUCAAGAAAAUAAAUUCCAAAUAGUUCACACUGGAAGUACAGUGAGAUAUCAUUGUUCUGGACGAUCAUCAGAUAAUACACUUCUUCGUAUUCGUUGGGAGAAAGAAGGUGGAAGAUUACCAGACCGCAGUUUAGAUGAUGCCAGAGGUCUUCUUAUCAUUCGUGAUGUUAAGGUAUCAGAUAGCGGUGUCUACAUCUGUCAAGUUACUGAUGGUAUUGACGUUGCAAUUGAAAAAGUUACUCUAACUGUAGGAGCUUUUCCUCAAAGUAUGUUAGAAAUAUCAGGUUCUGGUCCUACUGAACCAAAAGCUAUAAUCCGUCCAUCAUAUCAACAAAUAAAAGAAGGAGAGCCAAUAGAAUUCCAUUGUGAAGUAACGGGUAAUCCUACACCAGAAGUAGACUGGAUACGUAUUGACGGUGAAAUUAAUCCAGAAGCUAUUUUCCAAAACAAUAUAUGGAGGAUACCAGCUGUGUCAAUGAGUGAUGCUGCUGAAUAUAAAUGUAUUGCUAGAAAUCAACUUGGUGUUAGUGAACAAACAACAGUUCUAUACGUAACUAAUAAUCCCGAUAAACCACCAACUGUCGGUUAUGAUAAAGGGCCUGUUAUCACACCUCAUGAGUGGAUAGGAUCUAGUGGCGAUAUCAUCCGUAUGGUGUGCACUCGUUCUAAUCAUCAUUCCAAUGUUAGUUGGACCAGAUCAUCAGGACUUCCACUUCCAGUAUCAGCAAGUCAGCGAGACGGUGUUUUAACAAUCAAUAAUCCUGAGCCAAAUGACUCUGGUGUUUAUGUAUGCAUUGCUACUAGCUACCAAGGAACCCAAACGAGUAAUAGCGCAAAAGUUUCAAUACACUCGAAAAAAACUCGACCGAAGGUAAGAGUUGAGCCUGAAAGACAAACUGUAUCUCAAGGGACAAUUGCUGAAGUUAAAUGUCUGAUUGAUGAUCGUGAUCCUGAAUUAAGAGUCAAGUGGUCAAAACACGGAGAAUCAUCACUUGGCCCGAACAUUCAGCAGUAUGGUAACGUUUUAAAAAUAGUCAAAGCUCAAGUAUCUGAUAGAGGAGUUUACAUUUGUCGAGCUGCUAACUCUGCUGAUACAUUCGAAGCAAGUGCCAUAAUAGAAGUCGAACCGCGUGAAGCUCCUAUUCUUGAACUUUAUCCAAGGAAUAUUCAAACAGUAAUCACUGGUGGAUCUACGGAUUUACAAUGUCGAGUAGUUGCUGGUUAUCCUGUACCAGAAGUUCAUUGGACUCGUCAAGAUAAUCGUCCUCUUGGUCCAAAUAUUGAACAGCUUCCUGGUGGCCUGCUACGAUUCACAAAUAUUUCAAUAAAUGAUGAUGGCAUGUACAUGUGCUCAGCAUCAAAUCAAGUUGCCUCAACCUCAGCUACUGCGCGAAUAGAAGUACAAUCUCCUCCAGUAAUAACUAUUACACCAAGCGAUGGAAUGAUUAAAGUCAGACUUCGCGAUAGAUUGAAAUUAACUUGUCGUGCUGAUGGAAUUCCACAGCCGGCUGUUGCUUGGACUAAACACAAUACCAACUUCCAUCUAUUGACACCAGUGAGGUCAUCACCAGCUACACCUUUAUCCGCUGUUCUUGACAUAGUAUCAAUGUCAUUAGACGAUGAAGGAUCAUACACUUGUCAAGCUACCAAUGCUGCUGGAAUAAUUGAAGAAAGAGUUCAUGUUCGCGUUGAUGAUGAUUAUAAUGACAAUGAUGUUGAUGUUAGUCAGCCUUGUCGAGGUGACAUGCCUUGUCCACCAAAUUACAAUCGUCCUGGAUCUGGUUCUCAAGUAUCGACACCUAGAAAAACGAAUGAGGGAGUGCGGAUUCCAGAUGAUUAUUUGAGAAUACCCAGUGGGGGAAGAGUUGAAAUUCGAUGUCAAGUAGUUGGUCCUGAUGACUCACGUAUUUAUUUGGAUUGGAAGAGAAGUGAUCGACAAUCUCUCCCUGCUGGCAGUACCGUUCACAAUGGUGUUUUAAGUAUUCCUGAAGUUACUAAAGAAGCUGCUGGCGAGUACAUCUGUUUAGGAUUAAAUCAUGAUGGUGCUGAAUUGUUUAGAGCUAAAUCUCAUCUCGAAAUUAUUUCACCGCCAAGAAUUGACCUACAUCCAAAUCGACAAGUAGUAGCACCUGGCGAAAGUCCAUCCAUCACUUGUACUGCAACUGGAGAUCAACCGCUGAGAAUAGAAUGGGCUGCAAUCGGUCGAUCAUUACCACGCUCGGUAUCUCAUAACCAAGGUUUGCUUCAAUUCCAUGGAAUUACAUAUGAAGAUGCAGGAAAAUAUGUAUGCAAAGCAACUAAUGAUGCUGGUGCGGCUGAAGCUGUAGCUGAAGUGUUGGUCAAUGAAAAUACUUAUGAUGAUGUAGGAGUGCGUGCUGUAGAACGAGAUGUCAAUACUCAAGCAGGAAACUCAGUACGAUUGCGAUGUGAAUCAAAGGAGCAAGGCUUGAUACAUUGGACCAAAGAUGGUCAACAAUUGCCACAAAAUGCACGAGUCAGAGAUAAUUAUUUGGAAUUAACAAGAGUUAGACCCGAGGAUAGCGGCCGAUACAUCUGUCAAAUUCGUAAUGCUCAAAGAUUUGCAAGUGAUUAUGUUAUUCUUCAUGUUUCACAGCCUGCUGGUCCUACCGUUCACAUUGAACCGUCUGCCGAUAUCAUAAACGUUGGAGACACAUUUGAACUACGAUGUGUAUUUUCUUCACGAUAUUCUUCUGGUCGCCCACAAUAUCAAUGGUUCAGAGCCGAUCGUGAUCCACUGCCAUAUUCUGCACGCAGCUAUGAAGAAAAUCUGAGAUUCAGUGACAUACAAAUGCGUGACAGCGGUAUUUACAAGUGUCGAGUUGAUUCAUCUGAAGGUGCAUUUGAGCAAGAAUACAAUCUCGUUGUUCAAGGUGGUGAAAACGAUGAACCAGCUAUCGAAGUAAAAAACGUACCGUAUGGUUCGAGUAUCGCACUUGAAUGUAGCGCUCCAUCGGAAUGGAAUUCAGAAAAACCAAUAACGUACAAGUGGAGUAAACUCGGUGGUAUUCUACCAAUGCCGAUAAUAAAUGACAAUAAAAUACAAUUAUCUAAAGUAAGGGCUGAGGAUGCAGGAACAUAUAUAUGCAAUGUAUCCAAUAGUAUAGUGAGCACUGAAGUUCCGAAAGUUUUGGUGGUAACGGGAGUUGUACCGAAAUUUAACCAGGCACCUCGUAGUUAUAUUGCCCUCCCAUCGUUACCGGAUUCUUAUCUUAGAUUUAACAUUGAAGUGUCUUUCAAGCCAGAACAUUACGAUGGAACAAUUCUCUAUAACGCCGAAUCUCCAGACGGUACCGGAGAUCUUGUUUCUUUAUUAUUGAACGAUGGUUAUCCAGAAUUCAGAUUUGAUCUUGGCUCUGGUACUGCAACAAUUCGAUCAAAUAAAUCAAUAUCUUUGGACGAGUGGCAUACCAUCAAACUUCAUCGUACUAGAAAGGAUAGUUAUAUGCUAGUUGAUGGAGAAGGCCCUUACAAAGCUGCAGCCAUAGGCAGAAAACAGAGAUUAGAUUUGAAAGAACCACUUUAUGUCGGUGGCGUACCUAGUUCGGUUACUUAUCAUCAACAAGCGGGAACGAACUACGUUGGUUUUGUUGGAUGCAUUUCUCGAGUUGUUGUUAAUGACAAACCACUUGACCUUAUUGGUGAUGAAAUUGAUAGUGUUGGCGUAUCAACAUGCGAGACCUGUUCUAAAAAUCCUUGUCAUAAUUUCGGUGUUUGUCAAGAAGCUCCGACCAAAAAUGGUUACACCUGUCUCUGUCGUACAGGAUACAGUGGUAAUCUUUGCGAUAAUGUUGGCGAGUCUUGUUAUCCAGGUAUCUGCGGUCAGGGAAAUUGUAUUGAAAAAGAAUCUGGAUAUGAAUGUUAUUGUCCUCAUGGUACUUCUGGACAACAUUGUGAGCACUCAAAUGAAAUUCAUCAGCCAUCGUUUCAUAACGACAAUUCAUUUUUAGCUUAUUCAAGACCUAAAUCUGUUAGACGAUUUAAGCUGACAAUGAAUUUCAAUCCUUCGGAUAAUGGAGAUGGGAUCUUGAUGUAUUGCUCACAAAGUGAUGAAGGUCAUGGUCAUUUUAUCGCUCUUGUUAUCAAAGAUAGACUCGUUGAGUUUCGCUUUGAUAUUGGCUCGGGGAUGGCUGUGGUACGAUCCAAUUACGUGAUUCAACCCGGAGUUUGGACACGAGUUACCCUCAACCGUGACUUCAAAGAUGGAAAAUUGUCUGUGAAUGGGGAACCUUUGGUCGAAGGACGAGCUCCUGGAAUAGCUAAAACUAUAACUCUUAACACUUAUAUGUAUAUUGGCGGUGUGAAUAGAAGUCGAAUAACAAUAAAUCCAAAAGUCGACGUCACUCGGAGUUUUCAUGGAUGCAUUAAUUUGCUCGAAGGAUUUUUGUUGAAUUUACAUCUUUUAAAAUCUACGGUUGACUCAGCAAAUAUUGAUGAAUGUAAAAUUUCAUCUACUCCUCGGCGAGCAAACACUAUUUUAUCUACAAUACCCGCAUUUUAUCCUGAAGCUAUGACACCGACAUAUAUUCCAUCAAUUAUCACAUCAACAAGUUUCCAUGAUUAUUGUAGUUCGAAUCCGUGCAUUCAUGGUGUUUGUCAAAUUUCUAGCAGCGUUUUUGGUUACUCCUGCAUUUGUGAAUAUGGAUAUGCGGGGAUAAAUUGUGAAAAUAUAUUGAAGCAAUGUGAAUUAUUAUCCCCAUGCAAAAACGGAGGAUCAUGUACCGAUUUACAAGGGUCAUACAAAUGCGACUGUCCGCUCAGAUUCAAUGGAAAAGAUUGUGAAAAACAAAUCGAGAUAGCUUAUGAUGUUUCUUUCCGAGGUGAUGGCUGGCUAGAGCUAGAUCACUCUGUAAUGACUCAUGAUGAACAGAGUGAAGUUAUUGGAUUUGAAAUUUCAACAAACAAAAGCAAUGGUUUGAUUAUGUGGCAUGGACAAACUCCUAAUAAUUUAAAUCCUGAUGAUUAUGUAGCAUUAGCAGUUAUUGACGGGUAUAUUGAAUAUCAAUACAAUUUGGGCUCUGGACCAGCAGUGAUGCGUGUUCCGACUCAGAGAGUAGAUGAUGGAGAGCGUCAUAGAAUAAUCCUAAAACGUCACGGAGCUGAUGGAAGCAUAGAAUUGAAUGGAGAUCACACUGAAAUUGGAGUCAGUGAUGGCCUUCAAAAGACUCUUAAUACUCGUGGCAAUGUUUAUUUGGGAGGUGUGCCGGACUACGCAAUGACUUAUGGAAAAUAUCACGACGGAUUCUCUGGAUGCAUUUAUACUCUUGAAGUACAAGACUCUGGUGCUAUUUAUAUUGGAGAUAAAAUGGUCAGGGGUAAAAAUGUUUCCCCUUGUACAAAAAAUUCCAAUAAUUCAACCAACGAUCUUCCAACGCGAGGUGAUCUUGGAGGUGCAGAAAAAAUUUGGGAAUUUGCUUGAUAACAUUUUCAUUAUAUCUAUCAACUGGUAACUAGUUCUGUAUAAUGCAUAUGUUAUUUAAAACGGAAUAUCAAUGAAAAGACUAAUGCUAACUACACGCAUAUCAAAAUAAUCGAUAUAAUUCUUUUAAUAAAUACAAUUAUCAAUUCGAAAUUUCGCAAAUAAAGUGGAAAUACUUUUAUACAUAAAUAUUA